AUGUCCUACUCUCGAGAACGAAUCACGACGCGCUCUGACGCGCCCAUUAUCAAUCCUUACGAGCAAUUUACACAGCCAGAAUUUGACGACUUUAUCGGCGGACUGACGAGCAAGAUUCGAGACGCACUCGACCCGCGCGCACGGCUCCGCAAUAGGGACCGAACAGCAGGAUCUGAGGGCGACUUUUCGCAUUCGGGCUCGUUUUACGAGUAUUCGUUUGGCCAGCGACGGAGUACGAGUGUUGGCGAGGGUAGUUUGCGCGGCGCGAGUGUGCAGAGCGUUCCUCGGUCGAGUGAAGAGGUACAAGAGGAAGAGGAAGAAGGGGAAGAGGAGGAAGAUGAGUUGGACGAGGAGCGAGAGCCGACGCCGGUCAAAACGCCUGCGCCAAUGGUUGUUGUCAGUGGCGCUGGGGAUGAAGACAGUCCGUUUGUCAUUUCUGAUGAUGAGGAAGAGGACAAUGUUCCAGCGCCAAUACCUCAAGUGGCCAGUCCAAAGCCGGCCUCGACUCUGGAGCAAGUAGAGGAAUACGAGGACCAGGAAGACGAGAUUGGAGGGGAUGAAGAAGAAGAGGAAACGGACUCUGUACUUCUUGACGGAUGGAACGGUGCUCCUGAGGAUAAUGUGCAGGACGUUGACGACGAUGAAGAGUUGCAAGUAGGUGAAGGGUACGAUGUCGAAGAGAAUGCAGAUGUCUUGUUUGAGGAAAGCGGCUCUUCACCCUGGACGCAGGACGCUACCGACCGGCAAGAUGGUGAAGAUACGAGAGAAGGCUCUCAUCAACUCGACGAAUUCUUCACGGCAGAUGCAGACCAUGCCAACUUUUUCAUGACCGACAUGCCGCUUAUGGCCGAAUACGUCGAGCACGAGGUCACACAUCAACCUACGCCAGGCAUUGUAUGGCCAUUUCAAGCGGGCGCUGCUGAGAUUUAUAGCUCCCAAGUCAAUUCCAUAUCCCCAUUCUUCGCCCCGUCGACCAACUUCGCCCAGGAAGGAGGUCAAAUGAACACGAGGGAAUCACAGCGAGUUACCUGGAAUCUUUCGCCGGAGUACGCGCCAGUAGAUCCCACGACCUAUGCGAUAGCUGGCUCCUACGACCCUGUUAGCGGCGCGGGUGACGACGAAGAUGUAGAGACACCCGCCGAGUUGCAAGAGCCGGAUGAAGAGCAAGCUAUUGGCACGCAAUCGACUGGAAUAGACGAUCUGAUAUCUUCGACUACACCACCGCUCUCUCCUUCUGGUUUCACGACCACAGUCGCUGACCCAUCACUGGUCUCAGACAACUCGUCAAUCGCCACCAGUAUUGCAGCGGUCGCCGAGCAGGCACAGGACGCUGCCGUUAUCCAUCCGGUUGAUUCGCCUCCGAACGAGUUGGGUGACGCAGACCGUACGUUGCCGGCUGAAGUCGUGCAAGACCUCAAUCGCGACGUCGUCGACUUUCCAGACCCUCAUCGUGUCCCAGAACCGACACUUUUUGGAACUCCGGAGGGCGUUUCGGGCAUCUCCGGACAUGCUGUUGACCCAAGUCUCUGGGCGGAAGCGCCAACGUCCAACGUUAGCGAACAGGAUGCUAGUAGCACAAAGGAGGAAGAGACCAUCUCGCCUAAAUCUCAAUCACCGGAUUUACCACCCGCGUAUAUGCUUAUUCCUCCACAAAUAGACACACGAGAGUCUAGCAAUUCCCAAUUAGGCGGACAUCGUGACGCUUCCGAGCACCAAACCGCCUCCAUUCCUCUGGAAACGCCACAAGAGGAGUUGGAUUUGCUGGGUCGGGGUCUUUUGGUGCGGCAAGAUAGCGACUUGCCUUCGACUAUCGAUGGGGACGAGGAGCUGGAAGCAGCUCAGACUGUUCGAGGUUCAACGCCUGCCAGGACAAUUGAGCUCGCGCCUACAAUGUCAGAGUUGACGUUCACUCAAGAUGCCGAUGACUUGACUCCGCGAUCUUCUGUUGCAUACCCGAGCACGUUGAUUGGGACGAGUCAACUCUACCCACUUCCCGAGGAUGAAGAAGCACCCAUUCCUACACAGGCGACCAUAGAUGCGGAUCCUGUGGAACCAGGACCUCGAAUCGGCGAAUCCACCUUGCGCUCAGAUGACGAGAGUAGUGCCUUGACAUCGGAUGAAGAGCAACCAGCCAAUGCUCGUACUCGGCGCAAGAUUGCCAAGGGAAAGCGGCAUGCUCCCAUGGGCAGUCGUGAACUCAAAGCACUAGAACUGGACCCUCUAACGCUGGAUAUGCCCCGAGCGCGACGUACUCGAUCCACACAGCCGUCACCAGUUGUUUCUUCUGCUCUUCCUACGUCCAAGGGUAAACGUGUCGCGAAACGGAGUGCAUCCAGUCCUAUCACACCCACUGUGGCACCAAAGAGGACAAAGCACAACCUGAGGAGUCAACCUACACUGUCGUCUACUUCCAAGGCAUCAUCUCCAGCCUUGUCCCAUGUUGCUUCAAAGGCAGGCGAGAUCGAGGGCUCCGUUGAUCACGACGGUGAUGACGAGAGCCGAGAUGAGCGUGCACAUACACCCUCGACGACGAGUCGCAAACGGGUCAAGGUCAAGCGAAAGCGCAUAGCUCGAGGGUCGCUCACGGGGGAUGACGAAGAUUAUCUGCCCGAGGAGGCUGAGCGGAGCAUCAAGAAGCGAAAGGUGGCUGCACAAGAGCAAGACUUGGAUCACAGCCUGGAAGUGGUAGACCUUGGAUCGGUCCUAGAGCACGCGGAAGCGGACACGGCACACAAAAAGCCUUCCAAAUCGAAAAAGAGAACGGCGGAACUUCGAGGAGAAUCUCUCAGCGUGACUUCCACUACGCGUUCUGAAAGUGAAGGUUCGGAUUUUGAGCCUGAUGCUCAAAGGGACGAGGAGGAGAAUUCUAGCGCUGAAGAGACUGUCGAGGACCAUGCACAACUGCCAGACCGCAGCGGAGAAGCCGAUAGUCAAGCGACUGAUCAAAAUCCCGCUGAUAGUCACCCAAAACGCAAGCAUCUGCCGCGUGGUCACAGAAUACCCAACGACUUGCGCGUCUACAAGCCCGAUGGCGGCGAGUCGCCUGACGAAUACUUGCCAGAGACGGAGAUUGCAUACCUCAUGGACGUGCGAGGGAUUGCAGAAGGUGCUGAGGAGCGCUUGGCCGAACUGAGGAAGCAGAAACGGGAAAAGCACAAGGCUAAGCCUCUAUACGACGAGAAGGCUAGUCAAGAUGCAGAAGGGACUCACUCAAUCACCAAGCCUCGCAAGCCGCGAUCAAAACAGUCAAAGAAGGCCAAACCCGCCGCACCUGCUGAAGAGGUCAAGCCAAAGGCGAUAGAUGAGGCUCCAGUGGCUUCACCAUCUCUUGCAUCAGACUCUGCAGCGCCGUCGACAAAGACUGAGCCUCGCCAAGGGAGCGUUGCCACCUCUUCGUCGAUGGAGGUCGAUGCGCCACCCGCUUCAAAAAUGCAAGUCAAGACUACUGGCCUAUGGAGUAGCCUCAGGAACUUCUGGGGCGCUGCCAGCGCUCCGACCACUCAGGCGGAUGCGAAAGGUUCAGGGGAGGACGAUAGUAUGGAUGUCGACUAG